ACAGGAGGAAGUGUUUCUCAUACGGUUGUGUUGGUGGUUGUGUGAAGGUGUUUUUCCACUGACUUUUUUUUCUCCAACAUGAGUCCGUAACUAGCAGGUGAAGCGUUAGGUUGUUUAAUAAGUUCCUCAUUAACCGUGUGAACAUGGAUGCGGCUCAGCGGCUGGAGAAUAACUCCAUAGAGGUGGCUGUGAUCACAGAGAAGCAGCAAUACAUUGAGGUAGCGGACAUUCAGAAAGCUGAACUGGCUCCUACAGCUUCCCUGCUCAGCUGUCUCGGCGUUCGGGGCCAGCUUGUGUUGUGGGACCCGACAGAUAGACAGACUACUCCGGCUCAAGUGGAAGGCUGCUACGGAGAUUUUUCCUGGGAGGAGGUGCCUGUCCACAGUCAGGGAGCCAACAGCUUCAGACUGUUGGCUGUUGGAUCUCACUGUGACUUGAAGCUGCUGGAGGUUGGAAGAGAACGAUCAGCCUCUGUUUCUCUGCUCUAUGUAGCUGAAUGUCCUGCAGACUGCCUGCUGCAGAUUGUCAGUGAGCAGGACCACAGUGUAUGUGAGCUACAGUCGGUGCAUGUGCUGUCUUUUGUGGCUGGUCGCUGCUGUGCACUGCUGAACUGUGCCUGGCUUCUGCAGCUGCAGUGGCAUCAGGGAGAGGAGGAGCCACAGACGUUAUCCUGUUGCAGCAUCCAGCUGACUGACAAUGACAGACUCACUGCUGUCCCUCACUGUGUCUGCAGAGAAACCCUGUUCAUCACCAGCGCCGCUGGACUCAUCUCUGUGUACAACAUUACUGAUGGCAGCCUAUUGGCCAGAAUUGACCUGCCGACCUACUUGAGUUCCAGAUUGGCAGCGGCUGAGCUGACCUCCUCUUCUCCCUCCUCCUUUCCAUCCUCCUUCUCCCUCAUCCAGGUGUCACCUGAUCUAAGUACAGCUGUAGCUGUCACCCAGUCCCAUACCGCCAUCACUGUCGACCUUAACCACUAUUUCAGGAUAUAUCCAGACCACCUACUAUGUGCUGUGUCACAGUCGUGCCCCCCUCUUCGGCCUCAACAACCCAGAGACCAGGAUAGCCUGUCCAGUUCCAGCUUUAGUCAAGGCACCCUCAGAUCCAUCUUCAAUUCUGACCGCUCCUGGGAAGCUUGUCUGUCCUCCAUGUACAACAGAGCCCAACAUCCUACCACUUCCUCCUCCCCCUCCCAGCAUGCUGGGGCCUCCUGGUCCUCCUCGCUCCCCCACCUGGAGUCCCACCAGUGUCUGCCAUCAGCUCAAACCAGAGUGCCUCCUGGGGGGACAAUCGUCACUUUUUCUGUCCCUGAAUCAUCCACUGCGUCUCUUCUCACUGUCUCUGAGUUCUCUGCCAUGCUGACCUACACCACUCCUGGCAAUAGACACACCACAGUAGCCUUAUGGGAUUUAAAGUCUGGCAGUGUGAAUUACCACCAGACAGAGGGUGAUGCGGCUCCGGUACAGUGUUGUGGAGAGAAACAUCACCGACUACUGCUGAGGAAGGCCGGUGUGUUCCAGGUCUUGUUCUCCGUGUCUCAGCAAGACUUGCUCAGCAGGUUGAUGUUAUUUGGCAGUGCAGCAACGGUGGAUGCCGUCUGCCACUUGAACAACUGGGGCCGCUGCUCCAUCCCCAUCCAUGCCCUGCAGGCUGGACUGAAGAACCGUCAGCUGGACACAGUUGAUUUCUACCUCAAGAGCAAAGAAAAUGUACUGAACCCCUCAACAACGUUCAGUGCUGCUGAACCACCAGCAGCCUCCACAUUGAGCCUGACGGAAAGUGUGCAGGAGUUGUGUCCUGCGUUGGACUUGCUAUGUUCCUCUGUCAGAGAUUCAAACAGUGAGGUUCAGAGCCGACAGUUCUCAGAACAGCUGCUACAUAUCACCAUGUGCUUCGUCAAUACACAGAUCCGCUCUGUGCUGUCCAGCACAUUCUAUGAGGACUCAGAUGUACAGAGCUGCGUUGACAUUCUGGACCAGUAUGUUACUGAGCUGAGGAGCUACAUGAAGAGAUUCCCCUGGUCUGCUGGAGGAGACAUGUUCAGUUCCAGUACUACUCCUGCUCAGGAGGAGGCUCAGGGCGAUGAGUGGGAGCAGCUGUCAACAGAGGAAGUGGUCCAUCAGUCUAUCAUGACCAAUCAGAUCCCUAGAUCUCAGGCCGUCUUGCGGCGGCGGAGCCUGCCAGAACAGCGGCUGUUGGCUCUGAGGAUGGAGGGUCUGCAGCAGGUUUUCUCUUGUCUGCAGAGCAGAGACCUACAGACAGCCAAAACACUCCUCACCAACAUGGGUUUUAGUGUGAGGAACCAGUUUCACAGUAUCUGCCUGCACACAGAUGACAAGGAGACGCGGGAGCUAAUGGUAGAGACACUGUCAAGUCAGAGCUACUUUCCGGAGGAGGAGAUGCUGAGUUUUAUGUUCAUCAGGGAGAUGGAGAAACUUGGGUCACUGCCAGCUUUUCGCUGCUCAGAAAACACCUCAUCACAAAGAAUCCAAAAUCUUUCCAGGGUUGUUUGGAUGUUUCAUAAGGAGGCGGAUGGUGAGGUUAUGAGGGAGCUGGUGGGACAGGGGAGGCCUGAGGAGGAGGGCAGUCUCUGGAGGACUCUUAGACUGGACUGGGUGAGGAAUUGGGAUCAGAGCUGCCAAACAGUCAUCCACUUAUCCAGACGCCAACACACAGAGUUGAGUUCCUGUGACCCUUCGGUGUUGUGGCAUUAUCUGACUGUCCUCCACAACCACCAUUGUGUGGUCAACUGGAUCCAGAACAGGGAAACCUCUGGUGCCUGCAAGUGGCCAGAGUUAUCUUCAGAACUUGUUAAUAACAACACAGUCUGCAGCACCUACAUGAGGGAGAACAUCCUGGACCUGUUGGCUAGGAGAUUUCUGUUCAUUCAGGAAGAGCUGGCUGACCUGGAGCAGCUGUUGUGGAGGCUCGCUCAGGGUGGAGGAGUGAUGGCUUUAUCCCCUCCCAUCCCUCAGUACCGCUCCCCCCUCGGCCUUGACCUCCACAGUGUUUUUAUCACCUUCUGUCUGGACCACAACUUUCAGUACUUGCUCUAUACCUACCUGGAGCACUACAGACUGACACCCAGAAAUUGUCCCCUCCUGACCACUCAGAAUCUAUCUGAGGGUCAGCCCUGGUUUGAGAUGCUGGUGAAGAUCCAGGAGAUCACCAGGGAUCUGUCAGAUCCAGGACUGAUCUUCCAGGCCAGUUUAACCAGUGCUCAGGUGCUAUUACCAGGCAGCCAGGGAUCCCUCAGCAGUCUGCUGUUAGAGGGACACAGCCUGCUGGCUCUGGCUGCCGUCAUGUUUGCCCCUGGAGGAAUCAACCAGGUGAUAGUUCAGGGCGAAAGGUCAGGCAGGUCGGAAAGGACAGUUGACCCUCAGCUCCUGAAGAUGGCGCUGGGCCCCCAUCACAAACUGAAGUCUGCCUUGUUCUCUGCCGGUCCCCGAGGAAACAGCCCAUGCUCCGACAUCUCAGUUUACCACCUCCUGCAGUCACUCCACCCUCUGGAUCCAUCUAAGCUGUUUGGAUGGCAGACAGCAAAUACUCUCAGUUCCACCGAAACAUCAGAGUUGCCUCAUUUCUCCAGCCCUCAUCUGGUCAGUAGGUUUGCGCUGCUGGAGAACCUUGACUUUCUGUACUUCCUCCGUCAUGGCAGACCCUCUUUUGCGUAUUCUACCUUCCUUAUCCAGCAGCUGAGUGGCGGUGGUGAUAUCAGGCUGCUGUUGCAGUGGGCCAGCCAGCAGGUGUACAGGUUGGCCCUGCAGUGUUUUAACAUCCCACCUGUGGUGUCGGCUGUUGUUUGUUUCUGUGAACUGCUGGGAGUCUGCAGCCUCAAGCUGAGAGUUGAUGUCAGAGCCAUGAACAUCAUUCUGCAACACUUCAAUCAACACAACACGCACAUCUCUUCAACAUUGCAUCUGCACACUCUGGUGUCUAAAGGUGUGAAGCUGGUGGAGGGAGAGUCUGAAGCAGCAGAAGAGCUUGUUGCUUACCUGGAAGCUGCAGUGGCAGACAGUCUUGAGCAGAGGGGCAUCAGCAGAUCAUCAUAUGAGGCAGCUCAGGAGUGGGCAUUGCCUGUUCAGUUCUGCCAGCUCCACGGUCUGAAUCUCAGCUCUGUUUACCCUACCCACUGCGCUGAUGACAGACAGCUCAUCCACUUCUUACUAUUUGUCCAACUGCACAACUUCCCACCUGAGCAGGUGAGGUCACUGGUGGCUCAGUUUGAGCCUACCCUGCAGGCCCAGCUGAGCCUGGCAUUUCAGGACCUCCAGGUGUACAGUCAGAGGAGGAUGUGUGACCCUGACGAGCUAUCAGUGCCGCUGACAACAGAGGUGUCGUCCGGGAGCCCAGAGCACCCGAGGGAGCUGUUCCAGGUCCUCUUGCGGAGCCAGGAGAAGCUGGCACCCUGCAGGUACCUGCUACAUGAAGCACUGGUGCAACGCUGCCCAACACUAGCUAUACUGGCUGCUUGUCUACAGGGAACAGAGCUUUUGCCAUGCCUUUGUGUGUGGGUCCUGACCUCAGUCGAUGAUGUCACCUCUCGGGAAGCAACCUCCCACCUAGUUGAAGCCCCCCAGCAUCAUGCAUGGACCCUGCAUGACCUGUCCAUCAUCUGGAGGACGCUUUUGGGGCGAGGCUUAGUCAGGCCCCUUCUACGGGGCUUUGAGCUCCUCCAGAGGGACUGCCCUCUGGUGUUGGUGUUAAGAAUGUUUGAGUUGUGUUGUGACUAUCGAAACUUCGCCAGAGCCAAAUUAAAGCUGCUGGACUUCCAGAGGACACUCAUCAGUCUAAGGAACAGUGGCCCAGGACCCUCAGGAGGCCUCCCCCUGCAGUGGGUGGAGAGCCAGGCCUCUGUGCUGCUUCUCACGAUGCUGCAGCGCUGCUCUUCCCAGUAUGACCUCCACAGGCUACUGCAGCUCCUGGCUGAUGUCGACAAACUCCUAAAAUCAAACGGUCCAGACUUUAGGAAGCUGAGUCAGCUGAGCCAGUUGCUGCAGGGGUCAGAAGUCAGCCUGUCUCCCAGGUUGCUGCAAUGCAGUCCUCCCUCCAUCCAGCAGGUGGAGUUCCAGGCUACAGUGGACGCUCUGCAAGCCAAGGGCCGUUACAGCCAAGCCAGACAGGUUGCUCUGCUAGCUGGCCUGCCCGUCCAUCACCUGCUGCUUAGCCAGCUACUUCAGGAAGUAACCUCCCAGAAGACCAAGCAACAGUGGAGAAGAUUGGAGACGCGGAUCAGUUUCUGGAGGAAAUGUCACGAUCAGCUAAAGGCCAACAGUACUGAUCCAGAAUCUGCCUCCCAGUUCUUCCUGUCACAGGCUGAAAUGGGGACUGCCGACUCCCCUGUGGGUGCCCAGGCUCAGGUGAAGUUACUGGAUGUCCAGGAGCGCUGCCUGCUGUUCGUGCUUGCUGCUCACUGGCUCUCCCUACUCAGCCUAAUUCCCAUUGAUAAACUGGAGAACCUGGAGAAGAAGCUAUGGCUCAGCCGGGUCCAAAAAUACAUCCUCACAGUCGCCAUAGAGAAGGAGAGUGUUUUUAACCUGCCGCCACCAGCUGUCACACCUGAAAUGAGCACAUAUGAAGUGCUCAUGAGGGAGUUCUCCUUCUCCAACAUAUCAGACCUCAAUACAGAGAAGUGCCUUAGUCUGGAGGGACUCCCAGGUCCCUCCGAGGAGCAGGAGAAGCUGAAGAUUGACUCAGCAUUAAGUCCAGAGGAGAGGAGCAUUCUGACAACACUGAUUGGCCAGUUAUUAGAUGAAGGCAGUAUCCAUGAAGCCAGUCGUGUCUGCCGUUAUUUCUCUCUGUACCACCCCGACAUGUCAGUGGUGCUGCGCUGCCACGGCCUGGCAUCUGGAGAACUGGACCCUGAAUCACCUGAAGAGGCAUCAGAGGCUCCAGCAAGAAUGAGCAUUACUAGCUCUUCCUCAUUGAGCAGCCUGUCCUCAUUUGUGAUGCUGCCUCUCCCUGAAGAUAAGGUCGCUGCCCAACUCCAAAAACUGGUGGAUCAAUGUCGGCAUGGAAACAACUACUGCAAACAAGUCCUAAGCCUCUAUCAGCUGUCCAAGGAGCUCCAUUGCUCCUUCAGUCAGAUCUGCAGAGAGGAUCCUAACUCAGUCCUGGAGAAGCUGCUGCUGUCAGACCACCCGGAGCGCUUCAGGAAGGCUCAGGCCUUCAUCAAAGCUCAGCAUCUGUCUGCAGACACUGUAGCUGAGCUGGUCUCCUCUGCUGUGGUUCAGGCACAGCUGGCCUGCACUCAGGAGCUGCAGCCUGUGGAGAAGCCGGUAUAUAGGCCGUCCCAUGGGCGAGACUCUCUGGUGCAGCUGAUCAAACUAUGUGACGACCCAAACUUGGUGGGACUCAAACUGUUGGAAAACCUCAACGCUGUUCCACUCAGAGACCUGAGCUGCAUUGUAGAAUUGCUGAUUGUGGCACACGACUGUUUCAGUCUUACCUGUAACAUGGAAGGAAUUGUGAGAGUGCUCCAAGCCGCCCGCCACCUCAGCCAUGACUAUCUGGCUCCAGGAGAGCACUACAGCCUGCUGGUUCGUCUGCUGACAGGCAUUGGCAGGUAUAAUGAGAUGACAUACAUUUUUGAUCUGCUGCAUCAAAACCAUUGUUUUGAGAUGCUGCUGAGGAAGAAGGUGGACACAGAGAGAGGACAGAGCUCCAGCCUGAAGACUGCUCUGCUGGAAUACAUUAAGCGGUGCCUCCCUGCAGACAGUGAGAAACACAACAUGGUGGCACUGUGUUUCAGCAUGAGGAGGGAGAUAGGAGAAAAUCACGAAAUGGCUGCCAGGACGCAGCUGAAGAUGAUUGAGUCUCAGGCCUGGGUUGUCACUCCUGAUCUGAAGAAUUCGUUGGUUAAGGUGUUGGGCCUGCUGAAGGAUGCAGCAGAGAGCUUCUCUAAGGACUCUUGUGUGCGUCAGGCCAGCCGUUGUGUGCGGACAGCUAAACUUGUUGCUCUUCAGCUCCACUUCCUGAACAGUGGAUCAGAUCUGUGCAUCAUCAGCCUGCGACCCACAGAGCUGCUGAAUGCUGUCAUGAUGCUGCCGCAAUGCUACCAGGUUUUUGUGGUGUCAGAGGCAUACAACUACAAUCCAGACUGGGCUGAGAUUUUGUACCAGAAGGUCAUCCUGAAAGGAGACUUUCUUUACCUGGAGGAGUUCAAACGCCACCGUUCACUUACCUCCAACCUGUUUGAGGACAUUUUCAAAAGGCUGGACAGCAUGCCCAGCAGCAUCAUACCCAACGUGAAGCGACUGCUGACUCACUGUGAUGAUGUGUACAGCCGCUAUAGGCUGGCCUACCAGCAGAAUCUGUAUGACAUCACCAAGACGCUACUACAGGACACCAAGACCUCCAAUUACCUAAAUGACAGGCUUGCCAGCUGAUCAGUGAAGUCCCUUUUCAGACAUGGGAUAUAUAGCAAUGCUAGCUUCAUUAAUCUGCUUAAGUAACGGCAUUGUAGCACUCUGAGAUAGCUCACAGCUUCCUUCAUUCAGAGCCACAGUACACGCAAUACACGUGUCAAACACAGCAUUGGACAGUACAUCAAAUGAUGUACUAUACUUUUUAAUGUACUUAUAAACAAAAGUCUCAAUCUAAACUAACAGUAAUUUAUCUGUCCAAAUUGUUCAAGCUCUUAAAUAAAUAAAUGCCUGUUUUAUGUA